CACCAGCACAGUCUCUGACUCUGAAGUGGCAGCAAGCAGAAAAGGAGACUAGUGUCGCCCUGAGGAGAGGACAGCUUAGAGCAGACACUCGCGCUGUUGGAGAUGUGGAAAUCUGUAGUAGGACAUGAUGUAUCUGUUUCCGUGGAGACCCAGGGUGAUGACUGGGACACAGACCCUGACUUUGUGAAUGACAUCUCUGAAAAAGAGCAGCGGUGGGGAGCCAAAACCAUUGAAGGCUCUGGACGUGCAGAACACAUCAAUAUCCAUCAGCUGAGGAGUAAAGUGUCAGAGGAGCAUGAUGUUCUCAAGAAGAAGGAGAUGGAAUCAGGACCCAAAGCAUCCCAUGGCUAUGGAGGUCGAUUUGGGGUAGAAAGAGACCGAAUGGACAAGAGUGCUGUGGGCCAUGAAUAUGUUGCCGAGGUGGAGAAGCAUUCUUCACAGACUGAUGCUGCCAGAGGUUUUGGCGGGAAAUAUGGAGUAGAAAAAGACAGGGCUGAUAAGUCUGCAGUUGGCUUUGAUUACAAAGGAGAAGUGGAGAAACACACGUCUCAGAAAGAUUACUCACGUGGUUUUGGUGGCCGUUAUGGAGUAGAGAAGGAUAAACGUGACAAGGCAGCCCUGGGAUAUGACUACAAGGGAGAGACAGAGAAACAUGAAUCCCAAAGAGACUAUGCGAAAGGCUUUGGUGGUCAGUAUGGAAUUCAGAAGGACAGAAUGGAUAAGAGUGCUUCUGGUUUUAGUGAAAUGGAGGCUCCAACAACAGCUUACCAGAAGACAACACCCAUAGAGGCUGCAUCUAGUGGUGCCCGUGGAUUGAAAGCAAAAUUUGAGUCUAUGGCUGAGGAGAAGCGGAAGCAGGAAGAAGAAGAAAAGGCAAAGAAAAUUGCCAAGCAACAGCAGGAGAGAAAGACCCUAGUAAAGAUAAGCCACGAGGCCCAGCCUCCAGCUACCACUGCAGGAGAGCCUGUGGUGCCAGCUCCGUUGCCUAAGAAAAUAUCUUCAGAGGCCUGGCAUCCGGCAGAAACUAGUCUCUCAUCAGAGCUUGGCCCCAUGAAAACUGAUAGGAAGCACCCAAUGACUGCUCUUCCCUCGAAGCAUAAUCCACCAGAGGACAAUGAGGAGCCCCCAGCUCUGCCCCCUAGGACUCCAGAGGGCUUCCAGCUGCAGGAAGAGCCAGUGUAUGAAGUAGAGCCUGAACCAGCAUAUGAAGCAGAGCCGGAGCCUGAGCCUGAGCCUGAGAAUGACUAUGAGGAUGUUGUGGAAGGGGAUGCCCAUGAUCAGGAUGCUGAGCCAGAGGGGGACUAUGAGGAUGUUCUGGAGCCAGAAUCUUCUUUCCCCUCUGCUGUGCCUGGAUCAUCAGACAGCCCAUCUGGGACUCGGGCUGGGAUCUCAGCUGUAGCUCUCUAUGACUACCAAGGAGAGGGAAGCGAUGAGAUUUCCUUUGAUCCAGAUGAUGUCAUCACUGAAAUUGAGAUGGUGGAUGAGGGAUGGUGGCGUGGACGUUGCCGUGGACACUUUGGACUUUUCCCUGCAAAUUAUGUUAAGCUCCUCCAGUAACCAGCCCU